UAUCCUAUCGGUGAUUCCAGUGUCUGUCGAACUCCCACCGUCACUCUCUCUUUCUCUCUCCCUUCCUCCCCCGAUCCUCUGAAUGCUUCCCCUGGUCUUCUUUUCGCCGUUGAAGGCCUUCCGUUUCUCCUCGUUCCCUCUCUCUCUCUCUCUGUCGCAUUCGGCGAGGAGGAGGAGGGCUUAAAGCGAGGGUUUUGGGGGAACCGUUCGCCAUUCGGGCUUUGACAGCGGCUGCGGUCUUUAGGUGCGUGUCUGCGAGGCUUCAGAGGGUGGGGUUGGUGCCAUUGCUGUUGGCGGAGGGUUUUGGUGGUUGGGCGGUCUUUGAACCGUUCGGAGUUUAACGCCAGGGCUUGUACCUUUGCGCCUUGUCUCUCUUCCGUCGUUUCCUUUGUUUCCUCUCCAAAAGAGAUUAUAACCUGUGUUUCGUUCUUCGUAAUCUUCCACCAUCUUUGAAAGCCAUCUAAUCCAUGCAUGGACGGGAGGGAUGCCAUAUCGAUGUCUGGUCCAUCUCCAUACUACAUCCAACACAGAGGUAUCGGUGGGAAUAGUACUGGACCGCAGACAGGGCUACAUGGACCACCUCCCGGCAUCCGCUCGAUGACUAACCCCAGCUCGAGCUUAUCUUCGUUACAGCACCCUGGAAUGUCUAUUGGAUCAGGGUUUCAGGUGGAGACUCCAUCUUCCAUUUCGCCGCAUGGUGCCAAUGUGGGUGGGACUGGGGCAGCCGGAGGGGGUCCAGGAGAACCUGUCAAGAAGAAGAAGAGGGGAAGGCCACGGAAGUAUGGGCCAGACGGGACAAUGGCGUUAGCUCUUUCGCCAUUGUCCUCAACUCCUACUGUGUCGGGGUCAGGUUUAGUGCCUGGUGCAGCAUCGGGGUCAGGGUCAGGAUCAGGGUCGGCUGCUCAAAUGCAAAAACGGGGUAGAGGGCGGCCACCUGGAACCGGGACAAAGCAGCAGUUGGCUUCUCUUGGGGAAUGGAUUGUCAGCUCCGCUGGAAUGGGUUUUACUCCACAUAUUAUCACAAUUCCAAUAGGGGAGGAUAUUGCAACAAAGAUAAUGUCAUUUUCUCAACAGGGCCCACGGGCUGUGUGCAUACUCUCAGCAAAUGGUUCAGUUUCCACAGUGACCCUUCGUCAGCCUUCAAGUUCUGGUGGCACAGUCACUUAUGAGGGUCGUUUUGAAAUACUAUGCUUGUCUGGCUCUUACUUGCUGACUGAUAAUGGGGGGUCACGUAGCAGAAGCGGGGGCCUAAGCAUUUCCCUCUCCAGUCCUGACGGUCGAGUUAUUGGUGGUGGUGUUGGUGGGUUGCUCAGGGCUGCAAGCCCUGUCCAGGUGAUAGUUGGAAGUUUUAUUUAUGGUGGCUCAAAAACAAAGAACAAAACAAAAACUGGUCAGGAAUCAGGCCACGAGUCCGAACAUCCAGUGGGUGAUAAACUACAGAGUAUAACAACCAGUGCUGUGUUUAAUCAAAAUUUGGCCCCUCCUUCAGUGAUGGGUGGUUGGACUGGUUCAAGGCAAAUGGACGUGAGGAACACCCACAUUGAUAUUGAUUUGACUCGUGGGUAGCUUUUGCUUGGAUAUAGAUAUAAUAGAUGCAGUUCGUGUGCAUGUUUCACUGCUGAUGACAGUGGGCAGCCUUGGAGAGAAACUAGGACCAUCUUUGUGGCUUUAGCCUCACUCCGUGUUCACAUUUUUGUACUGAUUUCUUUUUGCAGCUGGGGAACCAUCAGAUUCCAAAACUUGUGUUUUGUUAUUAUAUGAGUCUUGCAGCUUUGCGCUAUGGGCUUGAUGUUAUCAUUGCCUAAACUGUGACAACUUUAUAGAUCUUAUUGUCAGCAGAAUGUCUGAUUGAUUUUAAAGCUCCAGAGCUUGUCUGACGUCUGCAACUUUAUUAAUUGAAAAAGAUCUGUUAGGUAA